CUCCAAUAAAUAAAAAAAGAUUGCUAGACUUAACAUGCUCUUAUUUUCAAUGUCCAAAGCAGAACAUGGGGCCUUCACACUUAACGGUAGCGAAUACCGCUUCUUCUCACUUCACAUCAAGUUCCGCACAACUGCACAAGCAAGGCAACGUCGAACUCUGUCUCUCUUUGCUUGGUCCCUCACCGCUUUUGCUGCUCUUUUGCUCACUCUCUCUCUUCUCUGUCCGUGGAAGCGGAAGUGUGUUACCGCUUGAGUUUGAGGAGAGGCGAGGGUCCUGUUGUACGGGUAGAUAGCUUCCUGGCACGGUAUUUGGAGUGUGGAAGUGAACGGACGACAGGGUGCAAGAGGAAAGAGUGCGAGACGAAAGGAAGGUAUCCACCAGCACCAGGCAAACUUUUGAGUUGAGAGAGUCAACGGUACGAUAGUAUCCGUUUUCACAUCAUACAACAUAACACAACAACGACAAUCCAAAGAGCCAUGUCGACCUCCUGCAUUACUCCCGAACCUUCCAGUGGGGCCACCUCUGUCACUAGUAGCGACAUGAGGACACUGUCGUCUUGUUCCUCUCUACCAGCGACCAGUACCCACUCGGUCCAAGUGCCUGGCAAAGCUCCCAAGGCCAUGAUGUUGCCCAGGUCUGCGUCGACUCAUGGGAUUCCAUCUACAACCAAGAAGAAGACCAACAACAACAAGAGCGGCUUGGCACGACAGAAACGGAAUUCUUGGAUGAGGAGUAGUGUGGUUCGUCGUGCUGCAGCGGUAGUCGAUGAGGAAGUGGCGGCGCUUUGCGACAAGUCGCCGUUUCUGAACAGUCUCACGGAUCGAAGUAAUGACAUUGCGCUCUUUCAUCGAUCCGAGAUUCAGUUGGGAAAGAUGCUGGGUCGAGGUGGUUUUGCGGAAGUCUACACGGUCUCGGACUUCUCCAUUGACAGCAGCGAUAUCACCCAGUUCUUUGACGCUACCGAGGCGCGACGACGAGCUUGUAAAGCAGCCGUCACUUCCUCAUCCUCGGGUCGCCCCAACUACGCCAUCAAGUGUUUACGCAAGAAACUCCUGAGCAAUACACGAGAAUUCCAACAUGCUGCCAUCGAUCUCGCUGUGGAAUCCAAGUACCUGGCAGCCCUGUCGCAUCGACACAUUAUCAAAAUACGGGCUCUCACAAAGGGAGGUAGUGCCGCCUUUCGAACGGGCAAGCACGACGAUUUCUUUAUCAUUAUGGAUCACCUACAAGAAACACUGGAAAACAGACUCCAGCGAUGGCAACAACGGCACGCGUCUCCCUCUUCGGGAGGGGAUGCAGAUGGGUCCACGGCCACUACGACACAUCCGCUCCUUGUCGCUGGGGCCAACCCACCACCACAUUACUAUCAGAGAACAUUGCGCUAUGCUCAUCAGAUUGCCGAUGCGCUCAACUAUCUACACGAUAAAUCGAUUGUCUAUCGAGAUCUCAAGCCUUCCAACCUGGGGUUUCGCGAACGAGACGUCAUUCAACUCUUUGAUUUUGGCCUCUGUCGAGAGCUACCAAAGCCAAAGGGACAAGCGGCCCACGACGAAGAUAUGGAAGAUGAAGAAACCUUUCACAUGUCUGGUGUCGGCACCCAACGAUACAUGGCGCCAGAAAUCAUCAAUACCCGACGGUAUAACUUAAAGGCGGAUGUUUACAGCACCAGUAUGGUUAUUCUGGAAUUGAUGACUUGGAAGAAACCAUUUGCCGAAUACACACCCGAAGAACAUACAAAGAUUGUUGCGGGUCGAGGAGAACGACCAAGACUGGUCACCAAUUUGAAUGAAAUCACAGCCAGCACUUUGACCAUCCCACUCGAGGAUGACAGUGUGGCACAGGAGUGCCUUUCAGAUUUGUCACGGUCGGACCAGUCGUCUCCGCAGCAGUGGCUGCAUUAUCAGCGACCGAAAUGCGUUCUCGUCGCUGACUGGCCUCUUGGAAUGGCAGACUUGUUGGAGGAAGCAUGGACCCAGGACGUGUCGGAGAGAUUGUCCAUGAAGGCUGUCUUUGAUCGACUGGGUUCCAUAGUGGAGCAGUUUGAUAAUGAUUGCAGCAAGGAAAAGGCUCCACGAACCUCGACAAUAACAACUCACGCGGAACAGAGCAGUCCGCGUAACCAUUGCGAGCUAGACAACCAAAGAAGCGGUUGGGAGGACCGAGAAGUUGUUUUGGAAUUCCCGUCUCAUUUCUCCCCGCGCCAUCAACUAUCCGCGGGUAGUCGUCAAGCUCAAGAGCAACAGUCGCGGUAUUCUAAGCAUCUACAGCAGCACUCGGCUCCGACGACUCGUGAUGAUUCGGAGGAUCGAUGGUUCUGUGGAGCUGAUCGGCAGUCGGAUGCAUCCAGCAGUAUGCAGGAGCUCACAAUGACCUCCGCUUCCACCACAAUUCACGAUUGCAAUUCGACCAGUCAAGUAUAGAAUCAUAGAAUUAGGGAGUUCCCUAAUAUGGUAAGCAGCUAAGAAUACCUCUUGUACAAUCAUGCCUUGGCUAGCUACAGUACCUUGUACGAGUACAUCACUUGGCACUAGUUGAUUGAAUGACGAAUCGAGCAAAUUAUCGGAUGUCUUUCUUUCUACGUUCAUAAUAUUGUUCCUCAUCCCUGUUCACCACUGCUCACCAGCAACACCUUCAUCUACGUCUGGUUCUUCUAGCUUGUCCAUCGCACUCUUGAUGAGUUGGGAGUCCUUUGGAUCCAAGUCCAUCGCUGUAAGGAAAGAUUUCAUCGCCUCUUCCAGCCUUCCACAUCGCUUCAGCAUUUUGCCAAUUGCAAAGUGAACGGUAGCCUCACGAGGAGCUGCAUUGCGAACCUUCUCCAGUUCUCUCAAUGCUUCAGCAGGGCGAUUCAAGGCAGAAAAGAUAGUGGCACGUUGGAAUCUCGCCUGUGGGUUCCGAGGGUCGAGACGGAAGGCUUCUUCGAGUGUGGCCAAGGCCAGAUAUGCCUUCCCAUUUGAAAACUGGGAGAUUCCUAAAUUGCAUCGCAAAACAGAACUCUGGGGAUUUAUCGAUGAUGCCCUCUCAAAAUGAUACUCUGCCAGAUCAUACUUCUCCUGUCGAUGAUAGAUAGCUCCAAGUCCAUACCAUGCAUUGUAGUGGCGAUCAUCAGAUCUGA